UCGUACUGGUGAUCCUUUCCACAACUAGCCACUCAGCCAUGUAACCCCGCCCCCGGCAGUCACGGGUUCUCUGGGUCAUGACUGAAGGGGCUGGCUCGGACGCAUCCCUCUAAAGCCUUCCUUGUACACUUAGCACUAGAUGGAGCGCCCUUCAUAGUACCAGGGAAUAUGUUGUGAGGAGACGUAAUACAAGCUGUAGCGUAAGCUGCGCUCCGCUACUCCAAGCCUGUCAUUCAGAAGGGCUAGUUCCGGUGUAGUGAAGAAAACUGUGGAUUGGACCCGCCUCCUCUCCUUCCUUCCUCUCACGUCACUGGAAGCUGCCGCUUGUGUCAUCUUUCUGUUACCCGCGAGAUAGUUUUUCCAGCGUGUGUGGCGGGAACGCAGACACGACAAUAUGUUUCCUUCUCCCCGAGCUCAAGCUGUGGCUACAGCCCGGAGACCCCUUGGCGUUCGCGGUCCUGCUGGAAGGAAAAGCCUGGUCCCGCCCGGCAGCUCUUCUCCCUUGGCGAGUUUUUCGCCCUCUGGGCGGAGGGUCACAAUUGGUGGUGUACGGUCCACGCCUUCAAGAGUUGUCCUUCAUCCAUGUGCUGUCGAAACUGUCAAUUACAAUGUUCAGUUAUUUGGUUCAACCCUACCAGUUAAAGUCAUGGAAGCUUUAACCAGUGUCCAUGUCGAUGAUACUCUAAUGGUGAAGAUUCAUGAACUUGGAUGGGCCUGGUUGGUAUGCAGUGAUCAUAUUAUAAUUUGGAAAAUUAGCCAGUCUUCGUCUGCAAAGUCUAUGUCUUGUAAAGAACUACAACUCCCACCAAGUGAUUUUCCUUGGUCUGCAGAUCUUGUAGACAUAUCAACUGCUGGUGAUGCGGCAACUACACAAUUAGUUGCAGUUAUGGCAGCUACUGGUGAAGGAUUAGUCCGUUACUGGCCAAAUCUCGCACAUGAAGACUUUUACACAGAAGCUUGUGUUGAAUUUGGAGCUUCCGUUUGUUCAUUUUUAACUGCUGUGAAGGCGGGCAGUUUUAUAUUGUCGUCUUCAAAAAACCAACAUGUCCGGUUAAUGCCAGAUGGUUCUGGAAAGAUCUACCAACGAUUCUUGCAGCAAGGUCAAGGAAUGCUGUCAGGAAUUGGCCGUAGAGUAUCCACUCUCUUUGGUAUUUUAUCUCCUCCAGUAGAGUCCUCACUGCUUAGUGUGCUAUGGGACAACGGAGACUGCUUUUAUACUCUUACCAACAAUAACAUAACUAAGUGGGAUAUGGAUGAUAACUCAGAAUAUCAUGUUCUCAGUUGGGACAUGACCCGUGUGCUGAAAGAUGACAUUUCUGAUGCCAUUUGGGGUUCUGAAAGUAAUUAUGAAGAAAUUAAAGAGAGAAUCUGCAUUGCUUAUUUGGAUUUAAAACAAAACAGUGAUGGAUUGGUCAUAUUGGCUGCUGCUUGGCAUUCUGGCGAUAUUCCUUGUAUGAGCUAUUACACUGUUAUAACAGUAAAGGAUGAAGGCUACAACUUUUCUGAUGAAAUUAAUGUUGAAGUCACUCAACUCGGCACUCCUUUUCAGUCUGAAGAUAAGCUGCAUGCCCAACUUGUGAUCCCAAACUUUACUAGCAAUGUCACUUGCAUAUAUACUAAGGAUAUGGUGUUUGCCUGUUCUACGGGGACAAGGCGAGCCAAUAUGCCACAGGAGAAAAUCUCUUUUGAAGCUCAAGGAGAUCACAUUAUUGGAGCUGGGUCCUGUGCAGAUCUGCCAGUCUUUUUUACAAGAAACGGUGGCCUUCUAGCUGUUGUUCCUCGUGAAAGUGUAUCUAUGUUGCCAGAAGAUGUUGAAGAUUCUCUGUCCUCUUCAUUAAUUAGAACUAGUAAUCAGGCUACAUCUAUGGAGCCAUCUACAAGCGGAGGGACUAUACCACAUGAUGAUAAAACUAAACUCUUGAAGGCUGCAUUUUUACAGUAUUGUAGAAAGGAUAUAGUUGGAGCUCAGUGCAUGGUGGACAGCUUGUUCUCUGCUGAAACAGAUAUCGAAACUGACAAUGAACUGGACCAGGCAGUGACCCAAAUAAGUAUGGACUUGGUGGAUGACUAUCCAGCUUCUGACCCUAGAUGGGCCGAAUCUGUGCCAGAUGAGGCAGCUGGUUUGACCAAUACAUCCCUCAUUCUUUUGCAUCAGCUGGAGGAUAAAAUGAAAGCACACUCCUUUUUCUUGGAUUUUCUUCAUCAGGUUGGGCUAUUUGAUCGUUUGAGCACUUUUCAAGUAAGAGGAUCUACCAUGGCAACUCGUCUAUUGCUUUGUGAACAUGCAGAGAAACUAUCCGCUGCAAUAAUUCUCAAGAACCACCACACUAAGCUUCCGGAAUUGGUUAACUCUGCUAUACAGCUUGCCCUGAACAAGAGGAUGUGCUCAGUCCCCCACAAUCUUACUGCUGCUGAUGUUUACUUUAGAGAGGUAUCACAAAUGGAUGUAAUCUUUGAAUGCCUUGUUGACAAAGAGGAGUCGGAUUUGCAAUCUACAGUAAUGGAUUCUAUUGAAUGGGCUAAUAUAGUUGUUGAUGUAAACACAAUAUUGAAGGAUAUGUUGCAUGCAGCCUUUCAGUACAGACAAAAUAAAGCUGCUCUCUAUAAAAGUGAAUGCACAGAAAAAGAACCAGAAUAUAUUCCCUGGACCGCUUCUAAUUGUAUCCGUACAGUGAUUAUACGUCAGCAUACCGUAAUUCUGAAGAAAGUCUAUCCUCAAGCUGACUCCAGACUACGCAGUGACCUAAUUGAACAGCUGGUGGCACUCUUAAAUUAUUUCCUUGAUGAUUAUGUCUCUCAGUUAAAAUCUGUGGAUCGUCCAAUUGAUCAAGAAAGAUAUAGCAUUCUAGAAACAGAAUAUGCACAGAAAAGAUCCAUGGUCUUGUUACCAUUUUUGGCUCUUGGUCAGCAUCAGUGGGCUUCUAGUCUUGCUGAGAAAUUCUGUGAUUUUGAUAUCCUGGUGCAAAUAUGUGAGAUCACAGACAAUCAAAACAGACUUCAGCGUUACAUGGCUCAGUUUGCAGAUCAGAAUUUUUCUGAUUUCUUAUUUCGCUGGUAUUUGGAAAAAGGAAAACGUGGAAAGCUUUUAUCACAACCAGUUUCUCAGCACGGACAGCUGGCUUCUUUCUUACAAGCUCACGAGCAUCUUAGCUGGUUACAUGAAAUCAACAGUCAAGACUUUGAAAAGGCACACACAACACUGCAAACUCUGGCAAACAUGGAAACUCGCUAUUUUUGCAAAAAGAAAACAUUGUUGGGCUUGAGUAAAUUGGCUGCAUUAGCAUCUGAUUUUCAUGAAGAUACACUGCAGGAUAAAAUGGAAGAAAUUUCAAACCAGGAACGUUUUCUUCUUUACCAAGAGACAUUGCCGAAACAGCUUUUGGAAGACAAAAGAUGGGACUUGAAUGUACUGCCUGUAUUAUCCCCAUUAAACCUGAUCAAGCUAUACAUAAGUGAGGAGAAUAGAAGGGCAAAUGAAUAUGAUUUCAAGAAAGCUCUUGAUCUACUGGAGUAUAUUACUGAGGAUGAGGUGGUGGAUAUAGAAGAGCUAAAGCUAGAUAUACUUUGCAAAGCUAUUAAAAGAGACACAUGGUCUAGCCUAGAUGGGAAGGAUGACCCAAUAGAAGCAAGUAAAGACACCAUUUUCGUUAAAGUGCUUCAGAAAUUAGUAAAUGAAGGUAAAGGCCUGAAGCAUUACUUACCAGAUGUAAAUCUGCUGCUUCAAUCAGAUGAACUUGACAUCUUACAAGCCGAUCGCUGCUUUGAGUUUGUUCUAAAAGCAAACUAUGAAUAUUUUUUAAAACAACUUGAGUAAUUGAUUUGUAGAUUAUGCCGUUUUAUACACAUUUCUUUUUUUGGGUUAAAUAAAAUGUGCCAUUUGUAAUAUUGUCUUCUCUACGUAAACUAUAACUAUAUUGCAAAUCAUUGAACAGCAUGUCGUUUUUUUUUUGUUUUUUUUUGGAAUAAAAAUAGUGAGGGAAUGUAGUGGGGUGUUUAGCUUCAUCUGGUUUCCUUAACAUGGAUUACAUUCUUUGUGAGGUGCUUCAUAAGCCGGGAAUUCCUUCACUGAUCAUUAAUCUGAUCUGCAUUUCUCCUGGGCACACAAGACUGAUUUUUAUGGAUUAUGAUCUUGCUGUGUACACUAUUUUGUACUACACAAAACCAAUCACUAACAAGUCACCAAAAAUCUAAUAAAAAUCUGAAGAUCUUUCUUGCUA